AACCUCAGUAUUGUCGUGAGCAGUUAUAGGUUUGUAUAUAAGAUCCGCGCACAGUGUGAAAGUCGCGAUGGUUACAAAGAGGAAGUGCUAAAUCAAAGUGGGUUAAGAUUUAUAAGUGAUAGUUCUAAUAAUUGCAAAACUAAAUAUGGCUGAUUUAAUGUUGGUAGUCUUUUUACUUUUAAAUGUGAUCCUAGUGACAAAAUCCUGGCCUGGGAGGUGGCCCGCUACAAAGCGUGAAACUCAGCAGAACACUACUUCAACUACAACUGACGAUGGUAUCGUUUUUCCCGACGUUUACUCAACAAUGGACCGUUAUUUGCCCCCCGCGGAGGCAGACUUCUCUGCUAGUGGAAAAGGUCAAAAUUGUGUAGCAGGAGUGUGCAACGAGGCAAAAGAUUAUCCCUACAACCACAUUAAAGACGUUCUAAAUAAAAUAAAGACAUACAAUAAAUUAUUUGGGUUCUUGGAGGGUACCGUGGUAACGCUACCGAAUCGAUUUAAACCGGGUGUUGAUGAAGAAGACGAAACGCUUUGCCCUGUAAUCACUCACACUGUAUAUCCAAAGACGAUAAAAAAUGAAAAUGACACGGAAAGAUACAUCAUUAACAUUGAUGAACAUAAACAAGGCCUGGUAUUUGAGACUUGCGUUGAAAAGGCGAAAUGUAAAUUUUACAACAUAUUUCCUGCGAUCUACACUUCACAGUGCAGUCAAAGGUAUGCCCGGAGGAGGCUGGUGGCCCUUGAAGAGGAUGGAAAACCAGCAACCGACACAUUUGUUGUACCAUCGUGCUGUGUUUGUACUGUAAAAAUAAAGAAGACUAAAUAACUAUUCAUUAUAAGGAUUUGAUAGGAUUAAUUUAUUCCAACAAUCUACCAUGAAGCCAGUGUACAUGUGUAUCACGAAUCUAACUGUAUCGCUUAAUUUAUCAACUGAACCAAAUAAAGAUAACCGCGAGCAGGCAUUGAGAUUCAGUUUGUACUUUGUAGACAAUAACGGAUAUUAUACAAGUGGUAUGUACUCGUAAAAUCGACCUUAAGUGCAAGACGAUUUUUACGAAAAUUAGAUGUUAUAGUAAAUAGUAAUUUUGGGUCAUUACUUCAUUUUAUUGUUUUUAAGUUCAAGUGAAGGAUGCUUUUAAUUUAAGAAUGAAUUGCACUUUGACCCAUUGUUUAGAGUUCAACUUGAACUUCACGUAUGUGUAUUGAAACAACUCUUAACUUCUUGUCAAUUAUCAAUUGUAUGUAUGUGUUGCCAAAAUUUAGUGCUUUUCAAAAGACAAACAAAUCUAGCUUCUGUAAAAGAACUUUUCACUGUUACUCCGAAAUGAUCUAAUGAUGAUUUCAUUUAGUCUCUUGCGGAAGAGCAGCUAGAUUUGCUUAUGAUUUGAAACGAACGAUACUACAUCAGAUCAGAAAGCAAUAAUAUGUGAUAGUAUUCUGACAUUGUUAUGUAAAGUGCACAUGUGAUAUGAUUUUAUUAAUUAUGUAGGUAUAAUUGUUGUCAUUAUGUUUUGCAAUUAAACUAAGUAAUUAAACUAU